GGAAGCCUGCAAUGGAAUGGUUUAUUGAGACAUGAACUCCCACAUUUACAGCCCGAUGAGCAGGUUGAUAGCAGCAUGCUGGAGAAAACACAACAAUUGAAAAGUGGGAUCACAUAUUUUGUUUGCCGUAAAGCACAGCAGUAAUGUGAAGGGCAUAGAUUACGACGAUAAGAUAAAUACUAUCGUUAAUCUUUUACCAUUGUACAAGAGCUGGAAAUAACUGUUAAGAAACAAAUGAUGUCAUAUAUAUAGCCUUUUGGAUCUGGUGUAUAAGUUGGAUCCCGAAAUCCAACUACAAACCAUAUGGGAGUAAACCUCAUAACAUUAUCUCAACAUGCCAACAUUUGCCCACAUUUCUUCUGGGUCGGCAACAAUAGCUUGGUCAAAGAUGAAAAUUGAGUACACAAGGAAAACAUAUAAAUUGGAUCAUUAAUUUUCUUGUGAAAGAAAGACUUCCAAGAGGAAAACACCACUGGAUGAAUAGCCCACGGGCUACUAUGAACAAUCCACGCCUCAAAGAAACAGAGUUAAGGAUACUUAACAAACAAAGCUAGUUAUUAGCAUCGUAGUCAUAAGGUCUCUAAAUGAAAUAAUUCUAAGACAUAGGCGCCUCAUGAGAUCAAGCAAUGGAAUAUAAGCAUGGAAUCAAAAGACUAAUCCCCCAUCCAAACAUCCUCCCAUGACCAAAUAGUCCAGCCAUCUCCAAAAUGGAAUCAUUGAUUUUUUGGAAAUGAGCAAGACCUUGAGGCAGGCAUUUCCAUGGAGGUACAAAUAAACUACAUCAUGAUUAACCUACAAAGCACCGACACUCCUAGAGAUCCCCCUAUCAAUGUUGGACACUCUGGGGACACGUAUGUCCAUUGAAUAUUAAUUUCUUUAAUGGUAAGGGACACAAAGGAGGGCACAGCAAGGUGAUUUUAAAAUUUUUAAAGCUUUUCAGGGGCAAAAAAAUUUAACUUAUAAAGUAUUGGCUAAGUGUGGCAAGGGGGAUUAAUGAUAAAUUAGAAAUUUGGAGAGAAGCACUGGAUUUCAAAGGAUUUAGGAUAAGUAGGAGUAAAACUAUAAGAUUAGCGACAAUAGAAGUGAGGAUUCAGGAUCAGGAGAUAACAAAAAGUGAGCAUUUUAGGUAUUUAGGCUCAAUUUUUAGCAAGGAUGGUGAGAUUACGGACGAUGUAACCCCUAGGAUCCAUGUUGGGUGGCUCAAGCGGAGAACCGCUUUUGGCGUAUUGUGUGAUCGAAGGAUGCCUAACAUAUUGGAAGGGAAAUUUUACGGAACUACUACCCGACCAGCUUAUGCAUACGGGACGGAAUAUUGCCCUAUCAAGAAGCAACAAGUGAGUAAGAUGAGUGUAGCUGAAAUGAGAAUGUUGAGGUGAUGUGUGGUAAGACUAGGAGUGAUAGAAUUAGAAACGAAACUAUUCAUGAGACGGUAGGAGUUGUACCUAUACAGGAUAAGUGGAGAGAAAAUAGAUUAAGGUGAUUUGGACAUAUUUACCGUAGACCUGCAGACGCAAUAGUCAAGAUGAGUGACAUGAUAGUAGAUUAGUAGUGGAUAGUCGGGCUAGGAGAAGACCUAAACUGACUUUGGAUACUAUGAUACGGAAGGACUUGGGCCUAAGUGAAGACGUAGCUCUAGACAGAGCUCAAUAAAAAAACAGGAUUUAUGUAGCCGACCUAAUUGAUUGGGACACAAGCCUCGGUUCGGUUUGGUUAGUAUUGGCUAAGUGUAGAGUAAAACAGGUGUAUGUAUAUAGGCCUAUACCACCAGUCCAUAAUGCAUUUGAUAGGAGUCCAAACCUAAAUAUUUAGUCAUUACAAUGUAGGUUUGCUUGCUAAAAAAAAUUUAAGAAAUGAUUGUCGUGACCCCUGCCGUGUGCUUGUGCCCCGCCAUGUCUGUAUAUGUAUCUGUGCUAGAUAGAAAUUAACCAUUAGAAUGGAAGUUAUGGAACCCAUAGUUGCUCACUUGCUCUUGGAAACAAAAUGCUACAAAAUGAUUCACUACGCAAGGAAUUCAAAACCAGUUGGCUAACAAUGCCUCAUUUAAAGCUACAAUUUUGAAAUGGUAUCCCAACUAACAAAGCGGUCUUCUUCCCUCAUCAGUACCAUGUAGCAAAAUCACUCAUAAAUUUUGAAUCCAGUUAGCCAAGCUCAACGGAUCUCCAAAUAGGCAUAAUUAGUAAAGGAAGAGGAACAUUGAAAAAAAUAUGAUUAAACCAACGUCAAUCUCACUCACCUUAAAAUUCAUGCCCUUUUCCACCCUCCAAUUUUUCCCACUCUUCUAACUCCAACACUUAGAUUGCCUUCCAUAGGUAACUCUAGGGGUGAUAAACUAUCCAAACGAGCCAAGCAAGUAGUUGAUCAAGUUUGCUUUGAUAACUUAAUGAGGUUCAAAAAUAUGUUUGAGCUUAACUUGUUUUUGAGAUGAGCCGAUUUCAAACGAGCUUUAAUCAAGCCAAACAUGAGCCAAUCUCAAGUAGCUUGAAUUUUUUAUACAUAAUAAGCCGAACGAGCCGAAUAGUAGCUUGUUCAAGCUUGGCUUGAAAUCUUAACGAGCUUUAUAAAAAUGCUCAAGCUUGGUUUGUUUGUUUAUGUAACAAACUAAUCUUGAACAACUUUUAACGAACGAACACAAGCUCAGACUCAAGUAGCUUGGUUCGUUUAGCAGCCCUAGAUAACUCAAAUUAUUCCGACCAAACAGGUAACCUAAUUACUUAAAGGACCAAGACUCAAGGUCGAAACCUAAAAACCUAAAAUGCCAGAAAAAUCAAAUCUUGAGCAUAGAUGUGUUAGACAGCUUGAUAUACAAUAUUGGGCCUAUACAAUAUUGGGCCCAUUUUUAACAGCUUAAGCUUUUGAGACAAUUGGUAACCAAACAAAAUAUCAAUGCUGGUUUCUCAGAGGUCAUGGAUCCGGUUCUCUCCAUUAGCAUUCGUCCCCCAUUAUGCAUUAUUAUUCUCCCCUUUGCAUUCUGUUUCGCUCUUUGUCAGGAUGUCUGCAUAUUCAUGUGCAAGACGGGAUUGCACGUGAGGGAGGGUAAUCGAUAGCUUGAUAUAUAUUGUUAGGCCUAUUUCGAAACAACUUAAGUUUUGGGGACAAUUGGUAACUUAUCAAGAUGUACCCAUAAUAUAUGCUAGGCUUCAGUGAGCAGAUUCUUGCUAGAUCUAUUUGUCGCACUAAGAAGCUGUAUCUACACCCAGUGAUUUAAAAAGCGCGCGCUAUAGCGCGAAGCGCAGCGCAGCGCAAGGAGCGCGCUUCGAGAAUGUGGGCUAUAGCGCAGGACCCAAAGGCACACGAAAGGCGCUGAAGCGCACACUAUAGCGCGAGGCACUAAGGCGCGCGCUUUUUGUUUUGAACUAAAAAACGAUCUCACAAAGAUGCGAUGCACUGAAUAAUUUAUACCUUUAAAGUCGUUCUCAACCCUAUUCUUCAAAUCAAGGCCAUCGAGCAGCCUCUUCUUCAGCCGAUUGAGACCAGGACGCUUCUUCAGUUCUUCUUCUCCCUCUGAUCGUCGUCAGUUGACUCUGUCCAGCCUCCAAGUAACUUCUUCUUCUUCUUCCUCCUCCUCCUCCUCCUCCUCCAGUCCUCCUCCUCUCACCAUCUCUUCUUCUUCCUCCUUUCUUCUUCUUCUUCCUCCUUUCUUCUUCUUCUACCGUCUCUAUUCUUCUUUUUCUUCUUCUUCCACCACCGACGGACCGACGACCCACCUGUUUUUUUUUCCAGGCACGGACCUACCCACCCACCUUUUUUUUUUUUUUUUUUCCAGUCACGGACAUAUCCACCUUUUUUUUUUUUUCCAGUCACUGAUUCUUCUUCCACCACCGACGGACGUCACGGAAAGGAAGGCAAAAGUGAUUAUUUGCUCAGUAAUAGGGUUUCUAGGGCUUCUAUCUGCUGCCUUGGGUUUUGCUGCCGAGGCUAGGAGGAUAAAGGUAAUUAAUUACCCAUUUACUCGUACUCAUCAGGGAAGCGAUUGAAGUGGAAAUAAAUAUUGUUGGCAGUCUUUGUUCAGUUUGUUCACUUUGUUGAAUUUAUUUGUACUUGUUAAUUGUAGAUGACAUCUGGAAAUUCUAGUAAAAAGGACCCUGGUUGGAAGUAUUGCGAAAAGGUUGAUCCACACAAUAAUACCAAGUUGAAAUGUAUUUUUUGUAACGAAGUGAAAAAUGGAGGUGUGUCAAGAAUCAAGCAACACCUUGGGAGCUAAAAGGAAUACGGCGGCAUGUCGCCGAUGCCCACCUGAGGUUAGAGAGGAGAUGAGGGAGUUUAUACAUAAAAGGGAUGAAGCAAAGAGUCAAAUUAAGUCUAUACCAGAUUUUAAUGAUGCAAUGAAUGAUGAUGAUUAUGACCUGGACCUGGACGAUGAUAUUAUUGAAUCCAAUCCCCGUUCUAAGAAAUCAUCUACUCACAAAAGCACAACCUCCGCAUCUAUUCAUUCUAAGCCUAAAAAACCAAGAACCAUAGGGCCUCUCGACACUUACUACACUCCUGAACCAGAGGUGGUGGUAGAAAAUAGAAAAGCCAGGGGCAAACGGCCAAAAAUUGAUGAGAAUGAACCAUAUACGAAAAUAUUGAAAGACCGGGUUCAUCAGGCUAUUGCAAGGUGGAUAUAUGAUUGUGGGAUAUCUCUAAAUGUUGUGAACAAUGAUAGUUUUGCGCCAAUGAUAGAGGCUAUUGGGCAAUACGAUCCGGGAUUGCCCCCACCAACUUAUCAUCAAGUGCGAGUUCCUCUUCUAAAAAAAGAGGUAGAACAUGUUAACAAGUUGAUGGAGGAGCACAAAAAAGACCAGGAACAAUAUGGGUGUACGCUAAUGAGCGAUGGGUGGACAGAUAGGAAAAAUAGAACAUUGAUGAAUCUUUUGGUGAAUUCACCAAGAGGGACCAUGUUUCUUAAAUCUAAGGAUGCGUCUGGAAUUGUAAAGGAUGCAGAAAUGAUAUAUGAAUUGCUUGAUGGGUGGGUGGAGCAUAUUGGAGAAGCAAAUGUGGUUCAAGUUGUUACGGAUAGUGCCGCGGCAAAUGUGGCGUCAGGGAGGUUGUUGGAGGCAAAACGACCUCACUUGUUUUGGUCUCCGUGUGCUGCCCAUUGCUUGGACUUGAUGUUAGAAGACAUUUUUCAGUUACCAAAUUUGAAGACAACUUGGGAAAGGGCAAUAAUGAUUCAUGGUUAUAUUUAUAAUCGACCCUCUUUGUUGAAUAUGAUGAGGCAAUUUACCCAGAGGAAGGAGCUCGUUAAGCCAGCAAAAACUCAAUUUGCAACCGCUUUUUUGACUUUGCAAAGGGUUUAUGAACAAAAGGGAAACUUAAGGAAGAUGUUUACUUCAGAGAAGUGGACCAAUAGCAAAUGGGCAAAAGAGCAAGGAGGAAAACAUGUAGAAAAAGUCAUGUUGAUGGCCUCAUUUUGGAGGAAUGUGUUCCUUGCCCUCAAGUUUGCAUCCCCACUUGUUAAGGUACUUAGAUUGGUUGAUGGAGAAGACAAGCCUCCAAUGGGAUACAUUUAUGAGGCUAUGGAUCGGGCUAAAGAAACUAUUGCAAAUUCCUUCAAUCAAAAUAAGGAGAUGUAUGAUGAAGUCUUUAAGAUAAUCGACAAGAGGUGGGAAUCCCAAUUGCAUCGGCCUUUGCAUGCAGCUGGUGUUUACUUAAAUCCUGAAUGUUUUUACAAAGAUCCAGAGGCUUGCAAAGUUCCAAAAGUCAUUGGAGGCCUAUACAAAUGUAUCACAAAGUUGAUUCCCAAUAAUGAUACACAAGACCUUGUUUGUGCCGACUUGAUGAAGUAUGAAAGAGCUGAAGGACUCUUCGGUAACCCAAUGACAAUAAGGCAAAGAAAUACAAGGGCGCCAGGUAUCACCAUGUUAACCUUAAUCUAGUAACUAAUUUAAGUCCUAAGAGUUGCACUUUAAGAAUGUUUUCCAAUAUCAAUAUGCUAUGGUGUGCAGCUGACUGGUGGGCCUCUUUUGGUCAUGACACUCUCGACUUGCAAAAAUUUGCCGUCAAAGUUCUUAGCCUUACUUGUAGUUCCUCGAGAUGCGAGUGUAAUUGGAGUGUCUUUGAGCAUGUGAGUAUAUGAUAAUCAAGUUCAUUCAUUGACUUCCUUUAGUUAUGUAUGAUCAUGAAUUUAAGUCCCUUGUAUAAUUAAUUGUUAAUGCAGAUUCACAAAAAAAAGGAAUAGACUAGCUCAAAAGCUUCUCAAUGAUUUGGUAUUUGUUAAGUACAAUUGAGCAUUGAGACGCCGAUACCUCAAACGUGAUCAAAUUGAUCCUAUAUCCUUGAAAGAUAUUGAUGAGAGCAAUGAAUGGUUGGUUGGGAAGAUGGAGGAAGAAGCUGUGUUUGAGGGUGAUGAUUUGAAUUGGGAUGAUGUUGCUUUAGCUUCUGGAGCCGAAGAACCAAGGAAAACAACUAGAGCAUGAAUUUCAAAGUCAACAGACUCAACACCUAUCGCGAAAAUGGCAAAACCAACUCCAAAGGCUAAGGCUUCAAGAGGAAAGACAUCUCUUAUAGAUGAGGUGAUUGAAGAGGGAGAAUGGGAGACGGAUGAUGAGGAGGAGGAAGAUGUGGAAGGCAUCAGAUGAUGAUGAUGAAAUUGAGGAUGAAGUUCUUGGUUCUGAGAAUGAUGAUUAAUGUCUAUGCAUGACUCUAGAUUUUAUUGCCUUUAAUCCUUUUGUUAUGUCUCUAAGGCUAAACAUUAUUAUGUUAGCUUUUCAUGGAUGAUAUAUUAUGUUUUGUGUUUGGUACUUUCGUUUAACCAUUGACAUGUUAUGAUUUAUGACAUUUGAAAGUUUUACAAGUGUUUGUGUUGAAAACUUGUUCUAACAAAAUUUGCCUCGUUGCGAAGGAUUUUAUUUUUUUUUGCGCUUCGCGUCAAUAAAGCGCGCGCCGCGCCUUGCGCUAAAGCCCCAGGGGACUGUUGCACCUUUCGCCAUUUAAUACACCGUCUACACCACAGCGAUUCAAGUCCAAGAAACUAACCAACAAAUGCUACAAAAAUCUUUUUUGAAGUCAAAGACUCAGAAACAGCAAAGAAAUAUGUUACAACCGUUUACUAUCACAUUCAAAGUUAAUAAAGUCUGGUUAGUAAAACAACCAUAUCAAAUGUCAAUAUCCUAUUUUUACAAUGUAAUGGACUCUUAUCAGCUACCAUUAAAAAUUAACUUAAAUAUAUUGUCAUUUACCCAAUAAUGAUAUCCAUGCAGCCUAUCUUCUGCGUGACAAUCAAAAUAAGAGAAACUUGUUCACAACAUUGGGUGUGUGUGCGUGAGAGAGAGAGAGAACAAUUCAGAUUCCAGUAAUUCAUCACAAAGAAGUCAUGUCGUAAAAAUUAGGUAGGGAAAUCGAGAUUUACUA